AUGGAUGUUCAGGAACAAAGGCAACAGCAACAGAGGAGGCAGUGGCCCUCGCCGCCCCGGGAGGCUGCCGCAUCUCCUCGGCCUCCUUUCCGGGAAGCGUCGUUACUCACUGGGGCUCACGCCGCGCUCUGCUCUCGGGGGGCACAAGUGACACGGCCACGGGGCGCGCCCCGGCCGCUCCCCACGCAAGCCGCGGGCCGGGCCCACCGCGGCGGCGGGGCUGGGAGCCAGCGAGCCCCGCUAGCGGGGGACCCCGGGGCCGCCCCUCGCCCGCCCGGCGGAGCGGCGGGGCGCGGCGCGGCGCGGCGGCCGGAACGCGGCGGCGAGGCCCGGCGGGCGCGGCCAGCGCUGCCCGGCGCCGGCAGCCCGCGCGGGGCCUACCACCAGAGGUCCCUCCUUGGCCAGUUUUGCGGCGUGUUUUUGCUGCACUUGAAACUUUCUGGAGAAAACCCGGGCUCAGGUCCGCGUCUUCCCCAUGCUCGGGCAGAACCACCGAGACAAAAGCGCCCGUCCCGGCCGGCCCUUUGGGGGAAGCGCUGGGGAAAAGCGGGGACUGCGGGAGUGAGCUCCCCGGCUGCCCGCAGCCGACCCCCGGGCAUCCCUCGGCGGAGAAGUCACCCCUUCCCGCGGGAGGGGCCGGCACACGCCGCCGCCCCGGAGGGCUCGCCCCGCCCGGCCCCGCAGCCUCCCGCGCCCGCCGCCCCGCUCCAACUUUUUCUCUCACGCUCUCGCGUGCGCCCGCUCCGACGAAAGCGGGGGGGGGGGGGGGAGGAAGAGAGAAGGGGGGAGGGGAACGGGCUCCGCUGCGGCCCCGACGCGGCUCCCCCUGCCCCGGGCGCUGCCGCCCCGCCGGCCUCUCCCUCGCCCCGGCCGGGGCCAGGCGCCCGUCCGCGGGAGCGCCUUCCCGUUGUUCGCCGCUCCAACCUCCUUCCCGCCCCCCCCCCCCCCCACCCCGCCUCAAGUCGCUUUCUCCCUCCCCCGUCGAAAAAACACCGCCUCACACACGUUAGCGAGAACAAGUGUGCCUAUAUCCUGUCGUUAUAUGCACCGGCUGCGGAGCCGGGGAGGGAGAGACGGGCGUGUACGCGGGGGCCGCUCCUCCAGCCCGGCCGCACUUGGGGCGAGAGCGCGCAACUUCACAGAAAAGCCGCGUCCCCGUCCCUACCCCCUGCAACCCUCCCCCCCGGCCCCGGCUCCCUCCGCCCGCAGCAAAACACGCACUCACGUGUAUGUGCAGUCACACACACCGGCAGCCCGGGGCCAUCCUCCGGGAGCAGCCCCCCGGCAGCCCGCGGCGCUGACAGGCGCCGGCCCCGCCGCCGCUCGCCGCCCGGAGCGGGCAGGGGCCGUUCCCCGCCGCCUCACAUGUCUGCCGCAGCGAGCGCGGCGCACGCACCGCGCAGAGGCAGGAACUGA